AUGCUUAACGUUCCCUAUGGGGUGGCAGUGAAUGAUCAGGAUGAAAUUGCUGUGACUGAGCUCGGUAAUAACAGGGUUUCAGUGUUUAGUAGUGACGGUACCCACUUAAGAUCCUUUGGUAGGAAGGGUAAGAAUAAUGGUGAGUUCUAUUGCCCUACAGGGAUCGCUUUUGAUAGUCAUGGCAAUAUUGUAGUGGCAGACUGUUAUAAUCACAGGGUGCAAGUCUUUAAUCGGAAUGGCAACUUUCUUAGUAUGUUUGGUAAACAAGGAAGUCGUGAUAAUCAGCUUGAAUUCCCUCGAGGUUUAUCAAUAAACGGCAACGGUGAUAUUAUUGUUGCUGAUAAAGGUAACAAAUUAAUCAAGAUAUUCUCUUCUAGUGGGGAGUAUUUACGUAAAUUUGGUGGAGCAGGUUCUUUGGUUACUCCCUAUCACUGUAUUCAAUACGGUCAAUAUUUUAUAGUCUCAGAUCGUAGUGAUCAUUCCAUUAAAAUGUUUAAUCUGGAGGGAAGGUUUAUUACUAAAUUUGGAAAACAGGGAAUCAAAGAUGGAGAAUUCAAUGAGCCCCGUUACUUGUCAGUUAACAAAGAAGGAUUGCUUAUGGUCUGUGAUGAAGAGAAUCACAGAGUUCAGGUACUUGAUCUGAGUGGAAGGUUUGUUACAGAGUUUGGAUGUGAAGGUAGCGGGAGAGGAGAGUUUAAGUGGCCAGUGUCUACAGCACCUCUUAGUGAUGGAAGGAUAGUUGUGUGUGAUAAGAAGAACAACCGAAUCCAGGUUUUUGACCAGUUAUAAUAUGAUCUUUCCAGUGGUAUUAUUGUUGAAACGUUCAAAUUGGCUUCUUUAUCUAGAAAAAGAAAUCGUAACUUUUUGAACAACAUCCUGAAUUCGUGAGGUAUUUGUCACUAUUGCCGGGUGGGGGCAUUAGGUUGUCCUCACGCGUAGUUUGUCUUUUCUGUGAAUGUAACAAUAAAUUAUAAAAUCGUGGCUGUAAUAAUAACUGUAAUAAUAGCUGAAGUGACAUUCAAAUUGUAAAUAUAUUUUGUAAUCCUUUUUCAAAUGUAUCGUAUAGUCUCAUUUAAUUGCCGAUCAGGGGUAGUUUAAUAAGGUUGUUCAAUUUUUUGGUAUCAAAAUUGUUUGGUAUGUUGUACACCUUUUCAUUUUCUUUCCAGCAGUUGCUAGUUGUUAGCUAGUGUAUUUUUGGAAGUAUUUUUCCCUCGCCCUCAGCUCAAGUACCAUUUUUUUUUUCUCAUCAGGAUCUUCAGGUCCGUUAAAUUAUAACAUAUAUAUUUAACGAAUUGUAUGACGUUUUGUUGAAAAUGCAUUAAAGGUUAAUCAAAUAUGAAGAAUGUUUUUCUUUUGUUUUAAAUUUAUCGUUGUUAAUGAGAUCGUCAUGUGUUGACGUUAAACGUACCAGUUUACUUCAUUCAAGUUUAAAAUAAUGAUUUUAGCACGCUUGUACUAAUUGAGGACACUAUUUUUACGUCUCAUCUCGGAGAAUAGAUCAUCAUUAUGUCCAGCGAUCAUCCGAGCCGUGUAAAGGUCUACUGGGCAGUUUGCAAUUGUAGGACAAGGCAACAGUGCAGUCAAACCCCUCUUUAAUCAAAAAACCGAAAAAUCAUCUUUUGCCGAUUUUUUCACCUGAUUUUACAUUAAAUGGCCAGAUUUGGUUGGGUUACGAUGAAAAGUGGAUUUUUGUCAAAUUGCUUGGUACUUUUACUUGUUGAGGACAACCGCUAAAUUAAUACAGACACCUCAUUUUUUGUCCCUGGGAAAAAAAAAGCCCUUACACAGUUUUGUCUUAAUUCAACCCCCAAAAUACGGACACUUUCGUCUUAUUCCAAUCUUUUUUCAAGAAGACUAUCGGUAGCCACUGUUUGGACCUACAAAAGCAAAACCGUUUGCUUACUACAUAGUUUGCAUUUCGACCCAAAGGAUUUCUAGAUAAAACAGGGCGUGGCCGGUCACGUGAUGUAGUUAUAAAGAAUUUGUCUAAUGAACUUUGAAGAUUUCUUAGUUAUGAUUAGCCUUAAUUUAUUAGACCUGGGAUACCGUAAAAUUCCGAAAAUAAGUCCCGGGGCGUACCUUUUUCAAAGGCCCUUUUUGUACACGUGGACAUGUGCUCUAUCGUUGCCGAUAUUGGUAAUUACCAUCUUAAUAGCUAGAAUUGAAAGCCUAAGGGGUCCAGGGAGAAUAAUAUGCAUGGGUCCAUAUGGACCCAAAACGACCAAAGCGGACGACAAAGAGUUUUAUUAAACAAUAGACCACACUUUCUAUGGAUGUACCGGCGUGAUAAUCCCCUCGGUUCCUGAUUUACAAGGUUUCUGAGUGUUCUCUCAACAGUACAUCCCGCGUGCGCGUAGGUUAUCAAGCCCGUAAACCCAUAGAAAGUGUGGUCUAUUGCUUUUAUAAAAUAACUUUAAGUUUUCUGUGAGUUUACCGGCACAAUAAACCAUAGGGUUUUAACCAAUCAGAACGCGCGCACUAUCUUAGUUAUUCUAUAAAGGUAGAUAUCUGUUAAAUCUACUAUAAACACUUCAGUUCAGGGCACGUACUGCAGGUUGUACGCAAGUGUAACCUGCGUAGCAAGUACAUGAAGGGGAGGGGAUCAAAAAGGACAUGGAAGCAGAUAAAGUUAUCUCCCCUACCCUCCUCUCCUCUCCUCUUGUCCUUAUCUUAUCUGUUUAGCAAUAUAGGGUUCCUCAUUGCAGGAGUCUUUUUAAUCCCCUCCCCUUCUCCCUACCCGUCCCCUUUUUAUGUUCUCCACACGGGUUAACCCUAUGGUAUCCUUGAGCAACUAUUUCUUGUCAGGCUAUCGUUUCACCUUAACUCCACGUCUACUCCUCUAUCUUUUUUUAAGGUAUCCAUAUAGGUCAUAUAGAGGGUCUAAUCGGUCGUGGCUUACAAUAUCUUGGGACUUUGUCGUCCAAUAGUUAGAGACGAGCUGUAAUGAUUUUUUUUAAAAAAAUAUUAUUUAUAAAUGAUGUUUCUGGAGGAUUUUGUUGCGCAGUAUCUGAGGAGACUUGACCGAAGGUUGAUUAAUGUAUUUGCUGAAAACACUCAGAUUAACGAGCAUUAUCUUGGAAAAAAUUCGAUGGGAAAUAAAUCCGUCCACCAUCCUAUAAAAUAAAAGAUGGAGAAAUGGCGCGUUUUGUCUUCCGCGUGGCGUUUUUGAUUCUGAUUUUGGGCCAACCGGGACUCGCUUUCCCAGUUUAAUCUGUCCAUGGAUUGUACGCGUGUGUAACGUGCUGAGUGUUUUGGUGUUUACAAAUACAAAAAAUUUGCGUAGUCCGUUCUUUUAUAUAAGCCUGCGUAGGAACUUUUUCCUAACCAAUUUAUACUAGGGAGAGAACGCUCUUUCAAAGAGCUGAUUAACAAUUUUAGGAAAUACCGGAUGUUAUUUAUUUUUCCGUGACACCAUCAAAACAUGUCAAGAAACUCUAUUUGAUUGGCUAAUAAUACAGAGUUUAGUAUGGAUCACAAUACAAGACUUAAUUGUUCAUUCUCAUUACCAUUUCCUUGAUCGUCAACACCCAGCUAGGCCAAAUUUCUUAAAAAGUAACCUUGUUUCCGACCUUUUCCAUGGAUAUAAAGACCUUGCUGGACAAUCUUCAUGAUGAAGUAUCUUGUUCUGUGUGCAUGUGUCCAUUCACUGAUCCAAAGCAGUUGCCUUGUUUGCACAAUUUCUGUCUUCACUGCCUGAACGGAAUUCAACGAACGAGCGGCGUCCGUGGUAAAAUUACGUGCCCCGAGUGUAGGAGACAGUUUCAGAUUUCUGGAAGUGGAAAUCCCUGCGAACUUCCCACCAAUUUUCGAAUAAACAGCCUGCUAGAUGUCUUGGCAAUUAAAGAGUGCAGUACAGUCAACGUAAAAUGCAGAAACUGCGACAAACGAAGCGCCCAGACCUCAUAUUGCUUCCAGUGUUGUUCCUUCUGGUGCGAAGAAUGUAUUGUAGGACAUAACAUAAUUCGAGAAAAUAAAGACCACAGAACGCUAGCGCUGAAAGAUUUUCAAGAUCAAGACAUCAAAGCUGUUUUAGAGCGACCAGCAUUUUGUCAGAAGAAACACCAUGAAAACAAAGAGUUGGAGUUCUUUUGCAAGGGCUGUAAAGUCGCCAUUUGCAACACUUGCGCUGUAACACUUCAUGAAGGUCAUGGUAAGAUGCCCUUGCAAGAAGCUACUGAUGAACGCAAAACACAGAUAAACUCCAUGAUUCGAUCUUUGAAAGACAAAGUAGUGGAAAAACAAAGAGAAGUCGAACAAUUCAACCAAAGAAGCAUGGCAUUUCAAUGGAAAGUAACCGAGGUAAAAAGCCAAGUGCAGUCUUGUGUAGACCAAAUUAUUGCAAUCAUCGAAACGAGAAAACAAGAUGUUUUUGAUGCAGUCGAUAAUCAAGCGACAAAAUCACUGGAAUCUCUCUCACAGAAAAAAGAAGAAGUGGAAAGACAGUUAAAACGAAUUGAAUCUGCAAUUGAACAAACUGAAACUCUGUUGCAACGCAGCUUUAGCACUGAAAUCCUUGGAUUCAGUGAAACAUUUGAUUCAAUCCUGCAGGAACAGAGCACCCAAGAAAACCGUGACACUGAAUGUAUUCCUCGGUUUAGUUUCACUAAAAGUGAAAAACUGAUUAACCUGUUGAGCAUGAGCGAGGGGAUAGGUAAUGUAGAAUUUGUUUUUAGCGAAACUAAAGCGCAACAAUCAGGAGCUAAAGGUAAAGAAAGUAGUAAAGCAAUUGCUGGGAAUAAAGGGGCAAAUGUUCAUGACAGUCCUCUUGAGACUCAGGUACAAACCAGGCGCUUCGGAUCUGUGCUGUCAUUUGGACGAAAAGGUGAGUCUGUUGGAAUGCUUAACAAGCCCUGGAGUAUGGCAGUGAAUUAUCGUGAUGAAAUUGCUGUGGUUGAUCACGAUAACCACAGGGUUUCAGUGUUUAGCAGUGACGGUACCCACUUAAGAUCGUUUGGUAGAUGGGGUAACAAUGAUGGUGAGUUCCGGAACCCUAAAGGGAUCGCUUUUGAUAGUCAUGGUAAUAUUGUAGUGGCAGACAGUUGGAACCACAGGGUGCAAGUCUUUGAUAGUAAUGGUAACUUUCUUAGUAAGUUUGGUCAACAAGGAAGUCGUGCUAAUCAGCUUAAAUACCCUGAAGGUUUAUCAAUAAACGGUAACGGUGAUAUUAUUGUUGCUGAUAGAGGUAACAAAUUAAUCAAGAUAUUCUCUUCUAGUGGGGCGUAUUUACGUAAGUUUGGUGGCGCAGGUUCUUUGGUCGAACCCUAUCACUGUAUCCAACACGGUCAAUAUUUUAUAGUCUCAGAUCACGGUGAUGAUUCCAUUAAAAUGUUUGAUCUGGGGGGGAAGCUUAUUUCUCAAUUUGGAAAACAGGGAAACAAGGAUGGAGAGUUCAAUCAGCCCCGUUACUUGUCAGUUAACAAAGAAGGAUUGCUAAUGGUCUGUGAUGCCGGAAAUCACAGAGUUCAGUUAUUUGAACUGAGUGGAAAGUUUGUUACAAAGUUUGGAAGUGAAGGUAGUGAGAGAGGAAUGUUUAACUUUCCAAGGUCUACAGCAAAUCUUGGUGAUGGAAGGAUAGUUGUGUGUGAUAAGGAAAACAACCGAAUCCAGGUUUUUGACAAGAUAUAA